AUGAACACAAUAUACAAUGUAAUAGCAUACAUUCUAUGCUAUAAAAUAUUAGUAGAAGGAAAAGAAGCAAAUGGUGUUAGCUUUUUAAAUAUAUUUAAUAAAUCGGAUUCUAUUAUAAACGAUCAAAGGUUCGAACCUUUAGAUUUAACCAAGAAUCUUGCAGGAACAGGUGUUACCGAAUUUGAUAACGCCAGCAAAACAGAUGAAGAUGAUGAUCAUUCCUUUCGUAGAUCUAAACUUUCAUUUAUUCAGAAUGAAAUAAACAAAAAUGUGGAACCAUCUAAUAAAGAUAAAAAUGAAAAAGACAAAUCUGUUGAUAGUAAAAAAAAUGGUGAAACAUUUCAUAGUGAAAAAUCUAAAAUAACGAAUGAAGAAAUAAUAAAAAAUGGAGAGGAUUUUUAUAUAAAUGAAGGCGUAACAGAAUAUGGGUAUAACAAUGACGAGGAAUUUUAUAAUUCUUUUCACGUUAACAAUAAUAAUAAUCCAGUUAAAAUUAACAGUUUAUGUUUUGGGUUAGCAGAUUCAGAUAGUUGCCAACAAAAUUCUAAUUGUUUUUAUGAUGAAAUAUACAAAACAUGCUUUCAAAAAUGUAGUUUAUUGAAUGAACGUGAUUGUUUAAAAUAUAGCGAAUGCAAGUAUGAAAACGGAGCAUGUGAAAAUCAUGGAUUUUUAUCAAUUAAGGUUUUUGAUAAUGAUUUCGGGGAAGAUAUACGAUCGUGUGAAUUAUUUGAAUCAGAAGAGUCAUGUUAUUUAAUGGAAACGCGUUAUAAAAAAAGUGAUAAUAAUAAUAGAACAAAUUUUAAUUGUGUUUGGUUAACAUAUAAGCAGGAAAUAAAGAAAAAUAUAAAAAAUGAAAAUGACAAUAUGGAAAAAAUUGAUACAAAUGCCACAAUAAGUCAAAACAUAGAGACGGAAAAACAAAAUGAUAGAAAUAUGAACUAUAUUUUAAGAACAAAUAAUCCAGUAAGUAUUGCUAAAGAUGAAAAAUUUAUUUCACUUUUAGAGAUAAAAUUAAAUAAUAAAAAGAAGAAAGGAAAUAGUGCAGAUAAGGAAAAUAAAAAUGAUGGAAAAAAAAAUGAUGAUGACGAUGAUGAUGAUGGUGAAUCUGAUAUUGACUUAGAUGAAAUCGAUGAUGAUUAUUUUAAGGACGAUGACGAAGAUGAUGAUGACAUCGAAAGUAAUAAAAUGAACGAGACUUAUGAGGAUAAAAAUGAUAUAAAUAAUAAUAUGGACAAAUCAAUUUCAAGUGUUACAACACCCGAUUCUCAAAAUAAUAUACAAAUGGAUAAAAAAAAUACAGAAGGAAAUAUAAAUGAAGUUAGCAAGAAUCUUGAUGACACAAAUAAAUUUGAGAAAAAUCUCGAAAAAAAUAAAUCAUUAAAUUAUAGAAAUAAUAAUAAUAGUAAUCUUGAAAGUAAAUUGGAAGAAAAUGUAAAUAUUCAAAACAAUAUUGAAAAAGAAAAUGGUAUAACUGGUUCAUUUUCGGAAUUGGCAGAAAAUAGUGUGAAAAUCAUCGCUGAACCAAUUGACAAUGACAGUAAAAUAAGUAAUAUAAAUAUAAAUGAAGAUAAUAAAUAUGAUUUGGAUAAUGAUACGCAUAUUUCAAUUGAAAAAGAGGUGAUAGAACAUGACUUUCAUAAUUCAUUAAAUAAAGAAAAUACGAGUUAUCCUCAAAACAAUAAUAAAUAUGAAGAUAUUGUUACGAUAGAAACUAACAUUUGCAUAAAUUUGAACACCAAACCUAGUCCAUCUGUUUUAUUAGAAGGUGCAUUGUUAGCUGAAAGUGAAGCAGAACUAAGAAAAAUAAAAAAAAAAUAUAAUUUACCCGAAGAAGAAAUAUGUGUUAAACCACCAAAAGAAACCCAUAUGAUUUAUAAUCCAAACAAGGAAUAUUAUAUAGUGGGAGAAAAAAUUGAAAUUAAAUGUCAAAAGGGAUAUAAGAUAUCUAGUAAAACAAAUAAUGCUUUAUGUAUUGGUGGAAACAAAAUUAUGCCAAAUAUAUUUUGUGAAUUAGAAAAUGAUAAUGAAUAUCGAGGAGGAAAUAAAUAUAAACUUAAAAAUGACCCUAAUUCAGAUAUAAAUUAUUCGUUGUCUAUAUUGGUUGGUAUUAUAAUUUUUGUUUUCACUGGUUUGUAUUAG